ACCGGAUGGCCAGUCUGACACUUCGUCGCUUACAAGCCGGCUUAGCAGACGACACUGCUCAAAGCUCAAUCUUCUGGUGAGGAAGCCUUCUUCGUCUUUGGAUUACAACCAGGUCAACAGACUCGACCUGGGCAUGGAGACCUUCAACCCCAGUGGAGGUCGAUCGACAUCCCGGAGGACAAGUCCAUACAGUUAUCGUGCACGAAGUCCUCGAUUACCAACUCCCGAAGCAUCCCACAGUAGCAAUGACGUCUCAGAGAACUAUGACGAAGGGCAUCGGGCCGGUAAUGCUUCUUUUGGGAUCGCAACCGCAGUCCUGCCCAAGGCAAAGAGCGGCGGCUGUCAGCAAGGAGGCUUGCAACACCGACUUGCGUCUCAAUCGCCUCCUUACUGCAGAUCAGAGUUGCCAAAGCCAUCUUUACCACCUCUCAGGACCGUCAUUAGCGACCACGUCACAAGUCCUCCGCAGACGCCUACAACAGUAGGCGCACCUCCCCAUCCCUGUCCCCGUGAACCGAUAUACACAGCAACGACCUACAGACCGCCUGCACUAUACCCUAACAAAAGGCCGCGGCUGGAGCCUCCGAGUGGCUCAGCGUCUCCGCUGCCAUCUGUAAAUCGCAUCAGCUUAUCAGGUGCAACACGUUCGCUGUCAGAUCGGGCAUUUCCUAACGCAGAGGUCCCGUCUUUCCGCGAGAACGACCCAAACAGGCGGUACUCUGUGCAGCACGAACUGCUUGUGCGACGCGACUCUGCGCCCUAUCCUCACGCUCCAUUGUCGUCCUUUCGGAGUGAUCCGAACUUCACGGAGUACGGCAAUAGCACCGCUAUCUCACACUCACGACCCUCAGGAGGGCUGCGUAACCUACCAUCACCCCGGCCAGACUAUGCAUUGCGAGGGCCCUCGGAUUAUGUGCCGAUAUCCACUCCAUGCGUGGACUUUCCCGGGCCUCUUACCAUGCGCGUUGGUGGGUCUGUGGAAUAUCUCGAGCGCAGCGACUCCCCGGCAAGACUGGCUUCUGAGCGAGCUGAUUGCUUUGAGCCCUUCAGAGGCGUCGAGCGUCCUCCUCACGACGAACAUGGUUCGAGGUCGGAGGAACACAACGGCAAUCCACAUCUGCCACUAAGAAGCGCACCACCAGUAGUACCACCAACGCGAUACGAAACGAUGCAUUGUCCGCCCUUUUUUACGCCAAGCCAGUACGAGUAUCAGCAUGGAAAAGCGCGAAAAAGGAGUAAUCUUCCGAAGUCAUCUACUGAGAUCAUGAAGACAUGGUUCGACCAGAAUAUCGCCAAUCCGUAUCCAAGCGAGGAGCAGAAGGCACACUUUUCGCGUAUUACGGGUAUCAGCAUGACCCAGGUCAGCAAUUGGUUCAUCAAUCAUCGUCGACGGUGUCCGGAGCUUCGCGACCGUCGGGAGCGGCAGCAAACUGGAGAUGGAGGUCUAUGAGCGUCUGAAUUUACGAGUAUCAGGAAUACGGCGCCACCAACAUGUACUACCACAAGACGCGUGGCACUGGUGAUUCGGAUUAUCUUGGAAGCGUUCCGUUCCAGAAGAUAUGCGUCUAGGCCGAAGGUGUUAUCGAAGUAUUAGCGUAGCCCUGUGC